AAAGCCUCAGUCCCACUUGCCCAUUCUCCUCCUCCAUUCACUCCUUUCCUUGGCCUCAACAGCAUCUCCAGUGCUGGGAACGGAUGUGACCAUGAACCCCGGUGCCUCCUUGUCUACUUUCAUGGCAGUUCCCGUUCCUCCACCCAUUCCUGGCGCCCAGCACCGGCCACCCUGGGAGCAGCACCUGCCACCUCCCAUCACCCCAGCAUUCCCCCCUGGCAGCAGCCUGCUGCUGCCAGCUUUCCCCAGGACGCCUUUGGUAGCUAAUGGUGGCCAUGGCCCCAGUGCCCCUGGGGCUGGCAACCUCACUGUCCAAGUCAGGUCACAAGGGAGGCCAGUGGAGGCCCCCCAGACUCAGACCUUUAUCGUUACUCAGGGCCCCCUCAACUGGAGUGCUCCAGGGGCCCUCAGUGGGAGUGCUGCUUGUCCUGCACCCGUAUUCUUAGCAACCCCUGCGAUGGAGACCAUUGUGACUGCUCCAGCUGUUGGAGUUACUCAGGCUGGCAAGGGAGGCUGGACCCCACGCGUUCCUCCUCAAGCUCCACAACCAGCUGCCCAGCUGGCCCCUAUCAUUCGCCCAGUGAACUCUGUGCCAUGGCCACAUGGCACUUCCAGCGAGGGCAGCCUGGCCACCCACCAGUCCUACACCUCGCAGGCUGGCUCCUCUAACCACCAGAGCGUGUACAGUAACUUCCGACGUUGGCAGCGCCUCAAGCCCCUGGCCAGGAGACAUCUUCCCCAGAGUCCUGAUGCAGAAGCUCUUUCCUGCUUUCUCAUCCCAGUGCUUCGAUCCCUGGCCCGCCUGGAUCCCACCAUGACGCUGGAGGACGGACUGUGGAGGGCCGUGCAGGAAUGGCAGCGCAAAAGCCACUUUGACCGGAUGAUCUACUACGAGAUGGCGGCAAAGUUCAUGGAAUUUGAGGCCGAGGAGGAGAUGCACAUGCAUAAGUUGCAGUGGAUGCAGUGCGCGCAGGACCUGCCUCCUCCAGCCCCACCGAAGCUGGAUCCUCGGGGGUCCCCAGCCCCAAAAGUGGGCCUUCAACCAGGCACCCAGGUUCCCACUGGAGUUGAAGCCUGUGCUCCCAGGAUGGCCGGCCCCAUGGCCCAGGUCUCCCACCCGAAGCCACACAGAACCCAGGGGCCCGCGGAGCCCAAGGCACCCGAGGAGGAGAUUCCCCCUGAGGCUGUGAGGGAGUAUAUGGACAUCAUGGACGCGCUGGUGGGGCCCGUCCACUCAGCCACAGGCGAGUCAGAUGCCGAAUGGGGAGAGGACGGAAAUGAGCUGAAGCAGGAAGAGGACGGCAUCUACUCAGACCCGGGCCUCUUGAGCUACAUUGACAAGCUGUGUUCCCAGGAGGACUUUGUCACCAAGGUGGAGGCAGUCAUUCACCCUCGAUUCCUGGCAGAAUUGCUUUCCCCAGACCCACAGCUGGAUCUCUCGGCCCUAGUUGAGGAGCUGGAGCAGGAGGAAGGGCUCACCCCCGAAGAACUGGUGCAGAAACGACUCCUGGCCUUGAAAGAGGACGAGGGUGUGCGGGCAGCCCCGAGUCACAGUGCACCCGGAAUGGGCUCAAGUCCUUCUGAGUCCGAUGGCGGCCAAG